AUGAAGACGGCCUCUUUUCUCCUCUGCUUCUUGGGUGCCCUUGCCUUGUGCGUGCAGAUAGCUCACGCCUUGAUUUGCUUCCAAUGUGAAAACGAGGCCUCGAAUUGGAAUUGCCUGCGCGCGACCCGUUGCUCCCAAGGAGAGCGAAGAUGCGUGACCAUCGGCACAGUCACGGCAAAAGGGAAUGACUCCCAGGUGCUGAUCACCAAGAAGUGCGCUGAACGCUGUCCCUCCGAAAAGGAGUAUCCAAACAGGGCGCUCAAUUCUCUCUUUUGCUGUGAAAACUGCUGGUGCAAUUUGUGGCCUCCUAAGUGA